AUGCAUGGACGGGAACUCAAAUUGAAGAGACUGGAAGAGAUUGAGUCGAAGCGCAAGCGAACAUUCGAGGAGACUGUUGAGGAGCUCCGAUCAGCACAGUCCAAAGCCCCUGUCACUCCGGCUCCGGCGGAAGGUGAGGAGGCUGUGCUGAGCAAGAGAGAACAGUUCAGACUGAAAAUUGUAUCUCCUUCGGUGCGGGAACUUGUGGAAGCUGCUCAUGAACGGGCGAGGUUACCGAGAAGUCAUAGAAAGCUAGUCCGUGACUAUGGACGUAGUGACAAGCGGUAUGUUCGUCGACUACAACGAUCUGGUACCGGUACCGUAUCGGCGGUCGCCUCUUGUGAGUCUACUUUUACCGAGUCCAAGAGAAGCAGUCCUCCGGAUGAUAGACGUAGACUUCAGCAGAGGCCCAAACAGUGGUAA